AGCCAGCUGGGCGCGGUGGGAUCUGGGGGCCGUGCUCCCUGCCCUCCCCUCCCCGGAGUGCUCAGGGUGGGGCGGAGUGGGCGGGCGGGCACGCGGGCCCCGCCCCUACCUCGGGCAGUCACCUGGGGCCAGGCCCGGCAGGUGCCUGGGCUGCGACCUCGCCGCUUGUGGGCUGGGAGUCUGUAAGCCCGACGCCGACCUCGAGCUGCGAGCCGUGGGUGGUCUCGGGAGGUGGCAGCAAGCAGGGUCCCGCAUUCGGGAGGCGACUGCGCCCAUCGGGCCUCAGAGGAAGGAAACACGCUUUCUUCGUCCCCCACUGUGCAAACGCUCCGGGCUAACUCACAUAACCUUUUGGUAUAGCACAAUGAAUUCAAGGGACCAGCAGUAACAUAAAAUAGGAGGACCAUUAGUCAAGAGGACCCCUUGGAGAGGAUGGAAAGUGCAGCAGUGCUUUAUCAUGCAUUUCAGCAGGUCUUCUUGAAAUAAAACUAAAACUAUGACAGCUCUUUCUCCAGAGAACUGUUCUUUUCAGUACCAGUUACACCAACCAGACCAUCCUCUAGAUGUUAAUAGUCUGUUGUAUUUGAUCAUACUUGGGAAAAUAUUGUUGAAUAUCCUCACACUAGGAAUGAGAAGAAAAAACACCUAUCAAAAUUUUAUGGAAUAUUUUUGCAUUUCACUAGCAUUCGUCGAUCUUUUACUUUUGGUGAACAUUUCCAUUAUAUCCUAUUUCACAGAUUUUAUUCUUUUAGGCAUUAGGUUUACUAAAUAUCACAUCUGCCUAUUUACUCAAAUUAUUUCCUUUACUUAUGGCUUUUUGCAUUACCCGGUUUUCCUGAUAGCUUGUAUAGAUUAUUGCUUGAAUUUCUUUAAAACCAACAAGCUUUCUUCUAAGUGUCAAAAGUUAUUUUAUUUCUUCAUCGUUAUUUUAAUUUGGAUUUCAGUCCUUGUUUAUGUUUUGGGAGAUCCAGCUAUUUACCAAAGCCUGAAGGCACAGAAUGUUUAUUCUUACCAGUGUCCUUUUUAUGUCAGCAUUCAGAGUUACUGGCUAUCAUUUUCCAUGAUGCUGAUUUUACUUGUGGCUUUUAUAACUUCUUGGUCAGAAGUUAUUACCUUGAUCCAGGCUAUUAGGAUAACAUCCUAUAAGAAUGAAACUAUACUAUAUUUUCCCUUUUCAUCCCACUCUGGUUAUACUGUGAACUCUAAAAAAAUACUCUUGUCCAAGCUUAUUGUCUGUUUUCUUGGUACCUGGUUGCCAUUUGUACUACUUCAGGUUGUCAUCAUUUUAUUUAAAGUACAAAUUCCAGCAUAUAUUGAGAUGAACAUUCCCUGGUUGUACUUUGUCAACAGUUUUCUCAUUGCUGCAAUUUAUUGGUUUAAUUGUCACAAGGUUUACUUAAGAGAGAUCACACUACUUAAGGAUCCGUUCGUCAACUGGAAAUGCUGCUUUAUUCCACUUACAAUUAAUAAUCUUGAGCAAAUUGAAAAGCCUAUAUCAAUAAUAAUUUGUUAAUGUUUCAUGUUAAAACUAAUUAAAACAGCUACAACAAGAAUCAGAAUUGUACUAGUAAGAAUGGCAACUGAGGACAUACCGGAAAAAAAAAAAAAAGAAC